AGUCUUGCGCUGACAGUGCGAUUGAACGGAGAGGUCUAACGAUUAACAAAAAAAAAAGAAGUGGAGUUUAAACCUGCAUACAAAGUAGUUAUUGGCGUUUGAAGCUAAUUAAACUAAUUUCCACUUAAACACCAAUAAAUCACAGAACCGAGAAUCAUGGUGAACGAAACGACAACAGCGACGAAAAAGCGCUCCUAUUGCGUCAUCGGAGCGGGAACGGCCGGACUGUGCGCCGCCCGCCAUGCCCUCCAAUCAGGCGGCGAGGUCACCGUUUUCGAGAUGGCCAACCAGCUCGGCGGUACGUGGGUGUUCAACGAGCAGGUGGACAAGAACGAGUACGGCAUCGACGUCCACUCGAGCAUGUACAAGGGCUUGAAGACGAACCUGCCCAAGGAGAUCAUGGGCUAUCCGGACUUUCCGAUCCCGGAGCAGGACAGCAGCUACAUUCCGGCGGAAGAUAUGCUCAAGUUUUUCCAGCUGUUUGCCGACAGUUACGGGAUUACGGAGAACAUCAAGUUUAGCCAUUACGUGAUUCGGAUUAAACCUACGAAGGAUGAAAAGCGCUGGGAGGUGAUCGCUCGGGACUGCCCGAACGACAAGCUGGUGACGUACUACUAUGACUAUGUGCUGGUGUGCAACGGGCACUAUCAUACGCCGAGCUUCCCAAAGUAUCCGGGAACGGAUUUGUACCAGGGAAAGCAAAUGCACAGCCACCAGUUUAGGACGAACGAGCCGUUUGUUGGUGAAACAGUUCUAGUGAUAGGAGCAGGACCUUCCGGUAUGGAUCUCGCAUACGAGAUCUCCAAGAAGGCCGAACGAGUCACGUUGAGUCACCACUUGAAAGAUAGCCCGAAGACAGUCUUCCCGGAGAACGUAACCCUUAAGCCAGACGUGGUCCGCUUGACCGAAACCGGCGUUGUCUACGCGGACGGAACAAGCCAGGACUUCAGCGUCAUCUGCUACAGCACCGGGUACAAGUACACCUUCCCAUUUUUGAGCUCCGACUGCGGAAUCAUCGUCGAGGACAACUACGUCCAGAAGUUGUACAAACAUUGCAUCAACAUUCGCUACCCUACGAUGGCGUUCAUCGGUCUGCCGUACUACGUGUGUGCCGCCCAGAUGAUGGACCUGCAGGCCCGGUUCUGUAUCAAGUUCUUCAGCGGCGCUAAGCAAUUGCCUGGACAGGAGGAGAUGGAACAGGAUACGAACAGUGAGAUGGAGGAACGCUGGAGUCGUGGGUUGAGGAAGCGACAGGCGCACAUGAUGGGACCGCAGGAGGACCAGUACUACGAUGAUUUGGCCCGAACGGCCGAGGUGGAUCCCAUCAAGCCGGUUAUCAAGAAGCUGCACAAGCUGUGCGCGUUCCGGUUCAGUGAGGAUUUGGUCAACUUCCGGAAUGACAAGUUUAGAAUCGUGGAUGAUGAGACGUACGUUAAGGUGAAUUGAGGGCGUUGGGUUAUUGGGUGGGUAGAAUUAAUGAUGUAGAUAAAUAUUUGGUUUAUUUUUUACUAGGUUUAAUGUAUUUAAUAUUUAAUGGAUCUUUAAUAAAGCAUGCAUGUGCAUUUCGUCUAAAAGAUAAAAAAAAA